AUGGCCCAUGGUCAUAAUUGUCUUGCUGCAGGUUCAAGUAAAGACAACAACAGCCCACCUGCCUCAGAGAAGAUGGAGAAAGAUGAUUUUGAGAUUAUAGUGUUCUCUGAUGAGAAUGAUGAGGAGAACAAUGAGAUGGAGAAUGAUUGGAUUAUUGAUAUCUAG